AUGAUCGCGUGCUGCUGCGUCUCCUUCUUCAUAACGGUUGGCUUCGUUCGCGGCACCAGUCUGAAACGUGACGACGAUGCGAGGCUACAGGAAGAAGGUAAGAAGUGGGCCGCCAAGCACCGGGGCAUUCAUGCGUUUGGGAAGAAAAAUGCUGGCGAUAGAGUUGAUGAAAAGGUGUCCCAAUCAAAUGCAUGA